AUGAGUCAUCAGCACAAAGCCUGGAGAUCACCCUGCCAGAGUCACCUGAGGAGUCAGCGAGUCUCUAUGAUUCAUCGUGGCUGCCUCAUCUCACUCUACCUCUGCUUCCAGACGGUUACAGGAGAAUUUCAUGUCAAAGGACCUAAUAAACCCUUGGUGGCCACACUGGGGGAUGAAGCAAAGCUCUACUGCUUCCUCUUGCCUCCUCAAAAUGUUAAAAAUAUGAAAAUAUGCUGGACCCGAUCCCUACCAUCCCAGGUGGUGCACCUGUAUGAGGACGGGAGAGACAAGCCUGAGGAAGCCAUGGAUGAGUAUUUCAGGAGAACAGUGCUUGUUACAGAUUAUAUGGAUAAGGGGGUUGUGAUCUUGAGAAUCUUCAAUGUCCAACACUCUGACGGUGGGCAGUAUCGCUGUGCGUUCCAGCAUGGCUCCUUCUACGGUGAUGCAGUGAUUGAGCUGAAAGUGGCAGUUCUCGGCUCAAAUCCUCACUUCCACGUGCAAGUCACUGACUCUGGAAAAACAGAAGUAGUGUGCAAGUCAGAGGGCUGGUUCCCUCAGCCACAGGUCCAGUGGUUGGACUCUGAGGGAGAAGAGAUUCCAGCUGAGUCGUCUCACAUCCAGCACAAACGUGGCAUGUUCCAUGUGACAACAUCACUGUCCUUCAGAGCACCUUUUCAGCAGAGUGUGCUGUGUUCUGUCUGGAAUCCACUACUGAAAGAGAAAAAGGAACAACUAUUGUUCAUAGCAGGUCAGUUUUCUCUCUCCCCUCACUGUGUCCUACCUAAUGCUCACAUCCAUGGCAGUGGCAGCUCUAAGCACAUAGGCUUGGUCCUGCUCUCUUCAUCACACCCUCACAAGUCUUGCAGCCAGGACCCAACUUCCCUCCUCUUCUUUCUACCUUCUCCCAUCCUUUUCUGA